AUGUCGGCUUCAAAACCACGUAAGGUAGAGAAUGAGAACAGGGUGUUUCAUGACGAGUGGACCGAGUUAUAUGCAUUUACUUUACCCGCGAGAAGCACACAGCCUGUGUGUCUUUUAUGCCACCAGCACGUAGCCGUUGUGAAAAGUUCUAACAUUAAACGACACUACGACAAACAUCGGACUAGUUUCGAGAGAGAUUACCCUCUGAAAUCUGCUCUCAGGAGCCAGCAUUUACUCGAGUUAAGAGCCCGGUAUGAUCGAUCCCAAAGGAUCAUGACCAAUGCAUUUACCGGUCAGCAGCGAGCACUUGAAUGUUCCCUCCGUGUUGCCUGGGUUUUGGGCCAAAACAAGAAACCAUUCGCUGACUGUGCGGUUGUCAAGAAGUGUGCCCUGGAAAUAGUUAAAACAUUGACUGACGGCAAACAACAAGAAGAACUGUGUAAAAAAGUGGCAGAAAUCCCCACAUCAGCAACAACAGCCACGAGGAGAUGUGAGGUUUUAACUGAGGAUGUGCUCCAACAGCUGGAUGAAGCGGUCAGGGGCGUACCUGUAGGUUUAGCUGUGGAUGAGUCGACAGACGUGACUGAUAAUGCACAACUAUUAGUUUAUGUUAGGUUUUUCAACAAAGAGAAGAAAGUGUUCUGUGAGGACCUGUUAGGUGUGGCCCCCCUCAAGACCAGCACAAAAGGUGAAGAUAUAUACAAGGCAGUCAAAGAGAUGCUGACGGAGAGGGGAACAGACAUGAAACUAGUGGUGUCCAUAACCACAGACGGAGCCCCAUCCAUGGUAGGACGAGAGAGAGGAGCUGUGGCAAGGAUGAAGGAGGACCACGGUGAACUCAUCUCAUAUCACUGCAUCAUCCACCAGACUGUGCUGUGUGCCCUCCUGAGUGAUGAGUACAAGGAGGUAGGCCUACAUUUCCACUUUUUCAGUAUCUGUAUGUUCCUUCUUGUGUCUGUCUGUCUGUGUGUGUGUGUGUGUAUGUGUGGGGGGUAAUAUUUGAGUGUGGGUGUGUGUGUCUGUGUCCUGUGUGUGUGUGUUCUGUCUGUCUGUCUGUCUGUGUCUUGUGUGUGUAUGUGUGUGUGGUAAUUCUUGAGCGUGUGUGUGUCUGUUUGUCUGUUUGCCUGUGUCUGUGUCCUGUGUGUGUAUGUGUGUGGGGUAAUAUUUGAGUGUGUGUGUGUGUGUGUGUGUGUGUGUGUGUGUGUGUGUGUGUGUGUGUGUGUGUGUGUGUGUGUGUGUGUGUGUGCAUGUGUGUCUGUCUGUGUAUGUGUGUGUGUUAAUUGUAUUGCUAAUGUAAUUUUAUAAUAAAGACACCAGUAGCCAAUAUUACAUUGUAAGCUACAUUGUUACUGGUCACAAAUAAAUAUGUGUCCAAAUAAAUAUGACUCUCCAUCUCUUCUUUUUCAUCUUGAGGUGAUGGACGUGAUGAUGAAAAUGAUAAACUUUCUGCGGGAAUCCUCAUCCCUCCAGCAUCGUCUCCUCAGAGAAUACCUCCAUGAAGUGGAUGCAGAAGCUGAUGACCUUCUCCUCCACAACAAUGUAAGAUGGCUCAGCAAAGGUAGAGUGCUGGAGCGCUUUUGGGCCAUCCGGGAGGAGAUUGGAGCUUUCUUAUCCCAGCUGAGGAGCAACAAGGCAACUCGUUUUUCUUGCUUCUUAGAAGAUGAUGAGAAAAUGGAUAUUGUAGCUUUUUUAGUUGACAUUACAUCUCACCUGAAUAAACUGAAUCUGAAGCUACAGGGCAAGGACAAUUCCAUCUGUGACCUAAUGAUGGCUGUAAGUGCCUUCAAGAUGGAAACUGGAGGUGUUCAGAGAAGACCUGCAAGGAGAGUGUGCUCACUUCCCUUCAGUACAGCAGCAGGUGCAGGGGCAGAGAGAUUUGUCUGCUUUUGUGGACUUUGUUGAUCGGCUGACUGAAAACUUCAGCCAACGAUUUGACAGCUUCACUCUUGGACAGCAGCUCACCCUGUUUAUCCAGGAUCCCUUCCUUAUCACUGAUGUCAGGGGGUUCUCAAAGGAGGUCACACAGCUCUUCAAAUGGGCUGAAGCUGGUCCUCUACAGAUGGAACUGGUUGAUCUUCAGGCAGACGUGGCACUGAAGGAGCAAUUUGGAGGAAGUGAAUCUGCCACCUUCUGGAUGGAGAUGGUCCCUGGAAAAGGCUUCACAGGUCUGAGUAAAAUAGCUCUGUACACUCUGACCAUGUUUGGUUCCACCUACAGCUGCGAAGCAGCUUUUUCGACCAUGAACAUCGUCAAAGACAAAUAUCGCAACAGGCUCACUAAUGAUCAUCUCCACAUGUGUUUGAGGAUGGCCCUGACAUCUUUCGAGCCCAGAUUCAAAAAGUUGGCUGGAAAAGAUGGAGCCCGCUUCUCACGAGCUCCUCUUUCUGAGUGAUAAAAAAAGAGUAAUCAGGAGGGAGAUAAAUAGAAAACAAUGACGGACCGGAUGGUUUGUGAAGAUUUUCAGUGGCAAAAUGUAUUGAGUUAAAAGUUUAACUAGUUUAGUUACUUUGUUUCAGUGAAUUUCAUGCUACUUUUUUUAAAUGCACUUUAAUUUCAGAUGUGCCUGCCUAAAAAGCCAUUUUGUUUCUAAUGCAGGUCUUUGAAUAUCUGUAGUCUUCAUGUUAUUUAAAAACAAAAUGUAAAAUGUAACUUUUAUGCUUUCAAUAAAUAUUGUUGACUUUAAAAAAGGUACUUCACUUUAUUUUAAUUGAAAAUAGGCAGUUAUUGACAAUACAAAUGAAGUGAAUAUUUCAAAAGAGUAAUGCACUGUACAAAAAAAAUAAAGGUUCCCGGACCCAGGCCUGCAGGCAUUUCAUCCCGGUGGACCCAUUGAAAAUUUAUAUGAAGACCCCUGCUUUAAAUAAUCCAUAUUGUUUAAUAUUUUUGAGGGUUUUUUUAUGUACUAAAUUUUGCCAGCGAUUGAUAACUCUAAUUAUCUGGCUGAUGUUUACUGAAUGUGCACUCUACAAAGAUUUAACACACAGAUAAACUCCAAAAACUUUAAAGAACAACGUUUUUAUUAAACAUAAACAUGAGUAUAUCAAAACAAAGUAUAAUCUGGUUACUUCCUUUUCACUUUUAACAUUUGUUCUUUGAUACACAUAAACAAGACAAACAGAAAAAAAAUAUUGUUAUGCAAGUACAUAAAUAAUAAAUAGGUAGAUAAAAUCAGUAAUUGAUCAAGUGUUAAAAGACAUAUAUAUAUAUACAUAUAACAUAUCAUACAAUCUGUAAUCAUACAAGUACUGUUGUGUUUUUUAACAAAUAAAAGUGAGAGUAAUUUUAUAUUAUGACUAAAAGUCUGUGAGACAAUACUUUCGAGAAUGUUAUCAUAAUGUUUGGUUUAAAAUUCCCUUUUCAGUUUGUUCUUACAUCAACAGAAUUGCUGAGCAAGUUAAGAUAACUAAGAGAAAACUUUUGUUGAUGACAGCUGAGGAUGCAGCAGUUGUGACUCCUGAGGCAGCAGUGGUGGCACCUGAGGCAGCAGUUGUUGAUCCUGAGGCAGCAGUGGUGGCACCUGAGGCAGCAAUUGUUGCUCCUGAGGCGGCAUUGGUGGCACCUGAGGCAGCAGUUGUUGCUCCUGAGGCGGCAGUGGUGGCACCUGAGGCAGCAGUUGUUGCUCCUGAGGCAGCAGUGGUGGCACCUGAGACAGCAGUUGUUGCUCCUGAGGCGGCAGUGGUGGCACCUGAGGCAGCAGUGGUGGCAUCGGAGGCAGCAGUUGUUGCUCCUGAGGCGGCAGUGGUGGCACCUGAGCCAGCAGUGGUGGCACCUGAGGCAGCAUUGGUGGCACCUGAGGCAACAGUUGUUGCUCCUGAGGCGGCAUUGGUGGCACCUGAGGCAGCAGUUGUUGCUCCUGAGGCAGCAUUGGUGGCACCUGAGGCAGCAGUUGUUGAUCCUGAGGCAGCAGUGGUGGCACCUGAGGCAGCAAUUGUUGCUCCUGAGGCGGCAUUGGUGGCACCUGAGGCAGCAGUUGUUGCUCCUGAGGCGGCAGUGGUGGCACCUGAGGCAGCAGUUGUUGCUCCUGAGGCAGCAGUGGUGGCACCUGAGACAGCAGUUGUUGCUCCUGAGGCGGCAGUGGUGGCACCUGAGGCAGCAGUGGUGGCAUCGGAGGCAGCAGUUGUUGCUCCUGAGGCGGCAGUGGUGGCACCUGAGCCAGCAGUGGUGGCACCUGAGGCGGCAGUUGUUGCUCCUGAGGCGGCAGUGGUGGCACCUGAGCCAGCAGUGGUGGCACCUGAGGCGGCAGUUGUUGCUCCUGAGGCGGCAGUGGUGGCACCUGAGCCAGCAGUGGUGGCACCUGAGGCGGCAGUUGUUGCUCCUGAGGCGGCAGUGGUGGCACCUGAGGCAGCAGUGGUGGCACCAGGGGCGGCAGUUGUUGCUCCUGAUGCGGCAGUGGUGGCAGCGGAGGCAGCAGUUGUUGCUCCUGAGCCAGCAGUGGUGGCACCUGAGGCGGCAGUUGUUGCUCCUGAGGCGGCAGUGGUGGCACCUGAGCUAGCAGUUGUUGCACCUGAAGCAGCAGUUGUUGCUCCUGAGGCGGCAGUGGUGGCACCUGAGCCAGCAGUUGUUGCUCCUGAGGCGGCAGUGGUGGCACCUGAGCCGGCAGUUGUUGCAGCUGAGGCGGCAGUUGUUGCUCCUGAGCCAGCAGUUGUUGCAGCAGUUGUUGCUCCUGAGGCGGCAGUGGUGGCACCUGAGGCAGCAGUUGUUGCUCCUGAGGCGGCAGUGGUGGCACCUGAGCCAGCAGUUGUUGCACCUGAAGCAGCAGUUGUUGCUCCUGAGGCAGCAGUGGUGGCACCUGAGCCAGCAGUUGUUGCUCCUGAGGCGGCAGUGGUGGCACCUGAGGUGGCAGUGGUGGCACCAGAGGCAGCAGUUGUUGCUCCUGAGGCGGCAGUGGUGGCACCUGAGCCAGCAGUGGUGGCACCUGAGGCGGCAGUGGUGGCACCUGAGCCAGCAGUUGUUGCAGCUGAAGCAGCAGUUGUUGCUCCUGAGGCGGCAGUGGUGGCACCGGAGGCGGCAGUUGUUGCUCCGGAGGCGGCAGUGGUGGCACCUGAGGCAGCAGUUGUUACUCCUGAGGCGGCAGUGGUGGCACCUGAGCCAGCAGUGGUGGCACCUGAGGCAGCAGUGGUGGCACCAGAGGCAGCAGUUGUUGCUCCUAGGGCAGCAGUGGUGGCACCAGAGGCAGCAGUUGUUGCUCCUGAGGCGGCAGUGGUGGCACCUGAGCCAGCAGUGGUGGCUCCUGAGGCAGCAGUUGUUGCUCCUGAGGCGGCAGUGGUGGCACCUGAGCCAGCAGUGGUGGCACCUGAGGCAGCAGUUGUUACUCCUGAGGCGGCAGUGGUGGCACCUGAGGCAGCAGUGGUGGCACCUGAGGCAGCAGUUGUUGCUCCUGAGGCGGCAGUGGUGAGGCUGAUGAACAAAGAUGUCAUUGAUGAGUUACCAUUUACACCGUAG